CAAACGUACGAUUCUUGUAGCGGGCUCGGUAUCCGGCAAAUACGAUGGCGCGAGAGGUCGUCGACGUUCUUCGGGUAUCAACAACGGCUGAAGCCGAUUCCUCGGUUCUUUCUGCUCGCACUGACGCUCUACUCCCGUCUUUCAACAAGUUGCUGGCGAAGUACUCGCUUCCCACCGUCUCCUUCCUUCAAGCGAUUACUUCGCCCUUGUUCAUUGUCCUCUAUGAAUGCCUUUUAGAAACCCGCCUGCCUAUUGCCAUUCCGCAGCGGAGAAGCAUCGAUCAUGCUAUGCGCAUCAAGAACAUCAAGCUCCUUAUUGGCACUAUUGCACAUGACGUCUUGGGCAUGGACUUGAGCUAUCUUGACCCAAGAGGAGUUGUUGAAAGAGACGGUCCAGCAUUGAUGGAUAUGGUCGAGGUCUUUCUGGGUAUUGGGAGACUUAUGGCUGGGAAGCAGGGUGAAGAUCAGGCCGAGAUUACGGAGGCUUCGCAAGGUUCAGACAACUUCGUGGAUGCUACGGAGGACAAUGAGCCCCAAUCAUCACCAAGUUACUCGCAUUACUCUGUCCCCAUGUCGUCAGCGUCUCCUUCCGCAGCCUCCGGCAGCUCGGUGGGCUCGUCGCCACAUGACUUGCUCUCGUUUCGAGCCAAAGGUGUUUUCGAACGGAUGAAGCCUACGUUGUCAUCUUUGGAAACGGCGCCGCAUGAUACAGACUCUUCUGAGCCCGAGCCUCGUCCCGAACCUAUCCUCUCAAAGCGGCUGCAGAUGUUGUUCUCCGAUAUGGCAUCCACUACACCUACGCGACCCAAGACCCAUCCGGUUAAGCAAAACCUAACUCAAAAGGCACAUUCACCAGCAGCGCGUACACGUUCGAUAGUAGCAGCGCACUACACGCCCAUUAUACAGGCGCGGCGACGAGUAUCACGCCAAUUGCAUGAGCGCGGUGCGCCAGUGUCAUUCUCAAGAAUCGGCUCACCAGUACGCGUUCUUCCUACACCGAGGAAGCGACCGAGGUCUCGGAAGUUACUGCAAGUGUCACCUCCUACUAGCCGCUCUGACUGGCUGAAGUCGACCGCGUCAGGGCCGUAUCACCAUAGCGCAUCCAUAUCUGGGGAUGACUCGGUAUGGGAAGACGAAAAUCCGGCGCAUCGUCGCACAGUACUGUCGGACGACACAGAGCGAACGCCUCGUGCUAAUCGACGUCGCUCACCUGUCCGGAUGGCAUUUGGUGAUGCGCGAUCCGCAUCGGUUACAAGCGAGUCAACGACUUUCAGCAUACCGUCCUAUUACAAUCGGAGUUCACCAUCGUCGGUUGAUGCAUCAUCACCUUCAGUUAUGCCAGCAGGGAACGAUUCGGGACGCGGUUCGGAAGCCAGUAUCGAGUGGUCGGAAAGGAGCAGCCCUGUUUUGCAGCGACCUCGGUCGAGGCGGUCUGUCAGCCAGGAAGUGAUGUCAAGCACACAGAAUAUCUAUGUUCCCGUACACGCGGUGAAUUUCCGCGUUGAUUCGCCGUAUACGGCUGCACUUCGGCGACGUCGUGAGAAGGCCAUCCAUGCAUUGCGGAGAGAGCGGGAACAUGCUCGGUUGCAGCCUGGGAAAGCGUCACGUCAGAGGUCACACGAGGACGGCGACUGGCUGCAGGACAGUGAAACAAGCAACACCACAGCAGAAGAAGAGGAACUUCAUGCUGCCAUUGAAAGGCUUCGUUUGAGAGGGAUUAAGGAAGUUGAGCGACAGAGAUGGUUGCUUCGGGAGCUGGGGCUUCGGUGAAAUCAUGGCGCAUGCAGGUGGUUUGGCGUUUGUCUGCAUUUCUAUUUCUAUAUUCUAUCCAUCUAUACCCGGCAUUCAUUUAUACAACUUCCUUGAAGGAAUGUGUCGUCCAUGACAUGGUACAGCGCUUUGCAAGUCGCGGAUAGGCGAAGGAGAUCUUACGCUGAAAGAAGG